AGGGAGCAGAGAGGGCGGGGCGUGGUCACGUCACUCGGCGCGUGUCUCGGUGCAUCCAUCCAGUACACUGUGUGACCCGGGGUUAGCAGCAAGCUGAGCUCACACAGUCCGCUGUCACCGGCUCACCGCUUCCCAUUACCUCUCAACCGCAACUUCUCUGACCCGUUCCCACCUACAGCGCGCAUACCUACCGCCGGGCAAGCAUGCCUCCCAAGAAAUCCAGCAAGUCGGCGAAGAGAGGAGACUUAAAACAUGGUGGUAAGAAUGGGAAGAAGGGGGGCCUCUCCGGUAGCUCGUUCUUCACCUGGUUCAUGGUGAUCGCUCUCCUGGGAGUAUGGACAUCGGUGGCUGUGGUGUGGUUUGACCUUGUAGACUAUGAAGACGUUCUUGGGAAACUUGGAGUUUACGAUGCUGACGGAGAUGGAGACUUUGAUGUAGAUGAUGCCAAGAUUUUGCUAGGACUGAAAGAGAGGACUGUGUUUGAACAGAACGAAGACUCUGAUGAGACAGAUAUCCCGGAAUCCAUUAAGUCAGGUUUGAGUGAUGCAGAUCUUAAAGACAUUAUUAAUGAUAUUCAUUAUGAUGAGUUAAAUGACAUUGAAGAUGCACUGGAUGAUCAUCAAACGCUACAUGAAGACGAUUUAGUGGAUGACUUUGAUUUAGAAGAUGCCUUGGAGACAGAAUAUGAUGUAGUGAGUGACUUUGAUCUAGAAGAUGCUGUGGAGCACAGUGUUCAUGAAUCGCUCAGAUCUGAAUAUGUUGAAGAGACAAAACAUGAACCAGAAGAAGCAGAACUGGGGACAGAAGAACCAGCCGUUGCGGAAGAAGAACCUGAAGCUGAAGAACAAGCGUUUGUAGAAGUUGAUGAACCAGAGUUGGAGCAAGAACCUGAAGAUGAUGAAGUGCAGGAUUCAGACCCAGAAUAUGAGACCGAAACUGAACAUGAGCCUGAGGCAGAAGUUUUUGAGACAACCAACAUAGAAGAAGAGGAUGAGGAAGUAGAGAAUGAGGAAGAGCUUAUACCUCUUAGAGAAGCAGAAGACAUUCAAACAUUUGCAGCAGUUGAGCAACCUGAAGUAGUAGUGGCUGAAGAACAAGUGGCAGAUGAUGAACAAGAGCCACAGGAUGACCAUGAAACUGUGGUGCCAGAUAACCGAGAAGAUCUUGAACUCUAUGAAGAGUCUGAGCUUUUGGGAGAGGAAGUUGCAGAAUUAGAGCCUGCUGAAGAAGAACCUGUGCCUGAUGGUCAAGCAGAUAGGGAAUAUGUGCCUGAAGAGACAGAGGAGUCCCCUCCAGAAACGCUAGAAGAAGCAGACGCAGUAAUUAUUGAUGAUGAUGAUGAUGAUGAUGAUGAUGAUGAAGAUGAUGAAGAAAACACCAAUGUAGAAUCCUUGCACCCGCCUGAGGAAGAGCAGAUAAAAGAAGCAGAUGAGCAAAUAGAUCUGGAUCAGCAUGAAGCAGCUGAAAAUCCAGUUGAAGAUGACAGGCCACAUGAGAAGGCAGCAGAAUCAAACUCCGUACCAACUGAGGAACACACUGAAAAACAUGCAGAUACUAAGUGGGAGCAGACGCUGUCUGUAGAAUCUCAUCCCCAAACAUCUGAAGAGGACCGUGCAGGCGCGGCGCUGACCGCUAAGCAAAGGGAUGCAGAGCAGCUCCUGAUGGUAAUGAAUAAAAGAUAUAUGUCUUAUAGAGAUGAUUGCAAAAAAAAGUUAAAGGAAUUAAACCUGUCCGUAAAUAUCAAUAUAUAUUGCUGUAUAGAGGGACCAACAGGAGAUGAAUCAUCGUCUCAGGAGAAAAAGGAUAAAGACAAAAAAAAGAAACCCAAGCUGUUAAACAAGUUUGAUAAGACAAUAAAAAGUGAGCUUGAUGCUGCUGAAAAACUGCGGAAAAAGGGUAAAGUGGAUGAGGCUUUAAAGGCAUUUGAAAGUCUGGUGACUAAAUAUCCCCAGAGCCCAAGAGCCAGAUAUGGGAAAGCUCAGGCUGAAGAUGAUUUGGCUGAGAAACUACGGAGUAAUGAAAUUCUCUUGAGAGCUAUCGGCUCUUAUGAGGAAGUAUCUGGAUUACCCAACGUGCCGAAAGAUCUAGCAAAACUGUCGCUCAAGAGACGAGCCAACCGCCAGCAAUUUCUAGGCCGCAUGCAAGGAUCUCUGCUCACCCUUCAGAAAUUAGUACAACUGUACCCUGAAGACAUCUCAUUGAAGAAUGAUCUCGGUGUUGGUUAUCUUCUGAUUGGAGAUAAUAAGAAAGCCAAAGAAGUGUAUGAGGAGGUGUUAUCACUAGAUCCAAAUAAUGGUUUUGGCAAAGUACAUUAUGGUUUCAUCCUGAAAGCAGAAAACAACAUAGCAGAAAGUAUACCUUACUUAAAGGAAGGUCUGUUGUCGGGUGAGCCUGGCACAGAUGAUGGUCGAUUUUACUUUCACUUGGGGGAUGCCUUGCAGAGAGUUGGAGACAAAGAGGCAUACACAUGGUACGAGGCUGGCCACAAGAAAGGAUACUUUGCCUCAGUCUGGCAGCGGUCUCUUUACAAUGUGGAUGGACUGAAAGCUCAACCAUGGUGGACCCCAAAAGAAACUGGGUAUACAGACUUAGUGAGGUCUUUGGAAGCCAACUGGAAGAUAAUUCGUGAUGAGGCUCUCGCUGUGAUGGAUGAUGCCAAAGGCCUCUUUGUUCCUGAAGAUGAAAAUCUCAGAGAAACAGGAGAUUGGAGUCAGUAUACACUGUGGCAGCAAGGUCGAAAGAAUGAUAAGUCAUGUAACGCUGCACCCAGGACCUGUGGUGUGUUAGACAGGUUUCCCGAGUCCACUGGAUGCCGCAGAGGACAGAUCAAAUAUUCUAUAAUGCACCCAGGGACCCAUGUGUGGCCCCACACAGGACCAACCAACUGUAGACUGCGAAUGCACCUGGGUUUGGUUAUACCGCGUCACGGCUGCAGGAUAAGAUGCGCUAAUGAUACCAGGACAUGGGAAGAAGGCAAAGUACUGAUAUUUGAUGACUCUUUUGAACAUGAGGUGUGGCAGGAAGCGGACUCUUUCCGUCUGAUAUUUAUUGUGGACGUAUGGCACCCAGAGCUCACGCAGCAACAGCGCAGGACUCUGCCCGCCAUAUAAACGCAAGCACAGCAAGUGUUCAGGAUCCUGUCACAUGAAGGAGAGCCAAGAUGCAUUCUUAAGCCCACGCCAUGCCCCAUAGUCACUGCUACCAAUAUACUGUGGGGUGUCCUGCCAUUCCUUUUAUACUGAGUAUUAUUUUCAUACCAUUGUGUAACUGACUUGUGUUUGUGCUAGUAUGUGAUGAGAUUAAUUGAAGGAGUGUAAUAUUUUCAUGUUCUCAAACUAUUUUUGUAAAGGAAGAUAAACCACUACUGUUUUAUAUCACUGUUUUUUUUCUUUGUUUCUAUUUAUGUACUAAUUUACUAAACUUAUUUUAUUGUUUGCUCACAUUUGCUAAAAUGCUCUGCACUAUUAACAAAGCGGCUUGUAAUAUAGUGGAUAAAUAUUCUGAGUGAUAUACUUUAAUAAUAUUUUUACUAUAUAUUUUUUUUUUAUUAACUUGCUGUUUAUCCUCUCUUAAUGGGAAACAAUUGUGAAACUGUAAUUAAACAUGCUCACCUAGGCGACAGUAUAGGAGUGGACUAUCCGCUUUGAACCAGCUUGAUCACUAUGAUUCCAGUAAAUGUCUGCAGUGUCUAUGAUAAUACUGGUUCCCGAUUGAUAAGAAGCAAUCUUACAGAUUUUAGUUUAGGUAACAGGUUCACUAUCAAUAGACAAUGAACAGUGUUACGUAGUCUGAUUACUUUAAUUGUGCUUAGACUACAUCCCAACAGUAAAUUAUGAUACACCAUAUCAUCUCACAAUCUGAGACAGGAUGUGGUAUCAUCUUAGAGAGGAAAUGAUUGCGGGGAAUGGCCGGUCUCCAGACACAGACUCUGAUCAUCGAGCAAUUGUGCGACUUCUGGCAAAUGUGUCCUGUCUUGGAAAUCUAAAUAAAUGUUAGAACUUCCCUCAAAGCUCUGUGGGUUAGUAAAAUGUUAUAACACAGCGUCAGCCUAUUUAUGUUGGACGACGGUUUUCAAUGAAAUUUUAGGAACCUUUGGCUUUCCAGCUGUCGCUGAACCCUGGUGCUCAGUGACUCAUACUGUACCUGCACUUUUCUGCCAAUAAUGGAAAAUGUGCCAAAGGUUACUCAUAGCCUGCACUAUUAGUCUGUGACUUUCCUCAUAAUUGUUCAGAUCAUUCAGAACUGUCUAUUGCAGUGGUUCCCAAACUUUUUUGAAUCACGGCGUUCUAGAGUAUCAGAAUUUUUUUCACGGCACCCCUAGGCCAAACAUUUUUUAUUGAGAGAUUUAGAAUAAAUAUUAAAUGAAGUAAAUUGUGUUUAUAGGUCAUCCUUAGGUUCAAUUGUGUGGUGUGGGACAGGAAUUACUUCUGUUUGUCCACAUAUUAUGAUUGGCAGCCACCUGCACUGGUUUUGCCUGUUACACUGAUCAUAAACAAUUUACAUUUGUCCUGGACCACCAAUCCAAGGCACCCCUGCAAUUGUCCUGAGGCACCCCAGGGUGCCUAGGCACACAGUUUGGGAACCACUGGUCUAUUGACUUGAUUUAGUACAUUCUAAAAUAACUGUUUUGUCUUACAGUAUUCUCAUAUUCUGUGUGAUGAAAACAUGAAUUGUAUUUUCUUUAGUAUUGAGUAAUAUAGCCCCUAUUAUCUAUAAAUGCCUUGUGUCUCAUGAUUCCUUUCUGUGACAUUCAGCACAGAGAUAAUUGUGAGGAAGAGUUUAAGAGACUUGUGAAUGUCCAACAUUAGGAAUCAGCAAUACCAUUUUCCUUCAAGAUUUAAAAGUGUUUAUUCACUUUCCUUUACUGUGUAAUAAUAAUAUGGAAGUGUGGUUAUGGGUGAUGUUGUUAAAAUCUCUCAGCUUUAACAUGUUAGCCUGUACAACCAUCCAUACCCUAUCCACACAAAUCCCCAUUGGCUGUUCCGAAUAUUACAGUUUGGUGUAGAUAUAAGGAAGUUCCUAACUUUACUAUUACACUGUAUGAAGCUUUGUUACCAUUGUGUCUUAUUGCUUUGCCUUGUAGCUAAUGACCCUUGAUUAGUCAGUGUAUGUUUCUGGAUGCAGUAAAAUUAGCACGUCUCACACAGCUACUGGCCAAGGAAGUUUUCUUUAUGGGUUUGUGGAACCUUUUUUUAUAUUGGCUUCUAUAUACUGUCUAUUUCUAUAUCUUUCUGGAUAUAGCUUCUACAGGCAGCAUCGUUUAUUUUUGUUGCCCUCGGAUGCAGCACACCUCUUCUCUGAUCUGAGACGCCAAUGUUUUCAGAUAACAGCUUUGUGGUGUAUAUUGGGGUAACUGUGAUAAACAACUUAGCCUGACGUUAUGAAGUCAUUUGACUCUUAUUUUAGUUUGGUUUUUAUCAAGGUCUCAUAAUGGCCUAUACUAACUCUAAAAGGACAGAUCUAGUGGCUUAGUCUAUGCUUUGAGAUGGGAUAUAGUUAUGUGACCGGCGGUCAGGAGACCGUCCGUCACAACACAGACGCCGGGAUCCCGCCCCCUCACAAUUCCAAAAGUUGGCAUGCCAAUUAGCAGGAACUAUUCCCACUCGCUCGCCCCAUCCCAUCACCCCGGGCAUCUCAAAGACAUCCCAGCAUCGGUAUAGUGACCGGCAGUUGGGAGAGCUCAACUCCAAUGCUCUAUAUCUAGUUUGGCCACCCCCAUGUAGGACUAAAUCAUUGAGGGUGGGCGAAAACCCGUUGGCACACUGGUCUUAUCUACUGAUAGGAUUUUUUGCCAAUCUGAUUGGCAUCUGAUUAUUUAAGUGACAUAUGUAUCAGGAUUUCUAUGUUUUCAGUGCAUGCAUGUAGCACUUUGGAUCAGUAAUUGGUAUAUUUUAUGUUAAGAUGGAGAUGUCAUUGUAUUGUCUUUCUCUGUCUACAUCCUGCCUCUUCCUAAUAAAGUGUAAUUAUAAUUAUAGUGCAUUAAAAACAGUGAUUCAAUUAUAA